AACGCGCAGGAAAACUUGCCAUCCUCUUCCUAAAGGAGCUUCCAGGCUGCUGCUGCUGCUGCUGUAGUUUUUUUUUUCCUUUUUUCUUUUUUCCCAACCAACGCUUUUGCUUUUUGCAGGACAAUCCAGGCUCCUCCCUCGCACAACGUCACCCGAUCUCGAUCUCUCCCAAAGCGUCAGCGAUAGUCAGCAGCACACUGUGGUGGCAGAUCAACGGGGCGGUGCGCGUAGCGGGAUAGAGCUGCGUUUCAUCCAAAAAGAACGAGGGCGAAAGGGGGGCGCAUCCCACCAUUUCUAGAGUUACGGCAACUUCACCGGCCUUGGCGUGCAGAUCUGCUCCUGCUGACUGUAGCUGCGGGUGAAGAAGAAGAAGGGGAACCUGGAACUUGCGGAACUAAAACCGGGACAGUGCCCGCAGACCGUCCGUUAGGUGCGGUGUCAGCUUUGUUUCCUCGGAGGAACUCUGCUGGAAACUUCCCAGCACAGCAUCGAUCGAGGACCUCCCGCCCACUUUACCUCUGAUCCACAGCGCUGGAAGGAGGGAGAGAGAGAGAGUUCAGCAGCCGCUGCGGUGGAUGGGGCAACAAAGGCUCGAUGGUUAAACUGGAAGAGCUCCUUUGAUGCGAACUCAGCGCUCCCUGCCUGCCACUCGCUCGGUAUCAUUUCCUAAAACACUUCAUCACCUAAACGGCGAACCUGCAGCCGCUUUGGAUCUCAUUUCGGGAAGGGAACCCAGCCAGGUUCUUGUUGUAGUGCAAACUCUCCGCCAGCCAGCCGGGGGAUCGCCGCAGACGUGAAAUUGAUGCUCUGGUGCGGAGGAGCGCGCCACCGAUCCUCUAGUUUUGCGAAAAGUCUCCUGCUGCUCAGUGAGGGAGGUAGACUAGUUGGGGCCGCGAGUGGGAUUUGCAGAAGUUGCAUGCCUGGUCUUUGUCGUCUCGAGUGAGCCCCCGUCCAUCUACACUCUCAGGUUAUCACACAAGAUCCGGAUAGUUGAGGAGCCAUGGCGAAGUGUGCGGGGAUAUGGGCUCUCCUGAUGGCGCUGCACAUCCAAGCUGGCAGUGGACAGAUGGUACAGAUGGACCCCAGCAAGUCUGGCUUCGUGGGUUCACAAGUGGAGCUGCGCUGCAUUUUCAUCAACAGCAACCCGCCGGUGAAGAUCUCCCAGGUCACCUGGCAGAAGCUCCUCAAUGGCACCAAACAGAACGUGGCCAUAGCCAACCCGGCCCUGGGCGUGUCCGUCCUGCCGCCCUUCAAGGAGCGGGUCAGCUUCAAGCAGGCGGCGGUGCGCCAUCGCACCCCGUCCCUGGAGGACACCACCAUCAUGUUCUCCAACCUGCAGCUGUCCGACGAGGCCGCCUACAUCUGCGAGUACACCACGUUUCCUGCCGGGAACCGGGAGAACAUGGUCAACCUCACCGUGUAUGCUCGGCCCUUGACGCGCAUGACCUUGACGACCCCCACGAUCGUGGCCAGGUCUCAGAAGCGCAAGAUGACCGUGGCCACCUGCGUGUCGGCCAACGGGAAGCCCCCGAGCGUGAUCAAGUGGGACACCAGGUUGAAGGGCGAAGCCACGUUCCAGGAGACCCGCAACCCGAACGGGACGGUGACGGUGCGGAGCAACUACGUGGUGACGCCGAGCCGCGAGACCCACAAGCAGAAGCUCACCUGCAUCGUGACAUACCGCACCGAGAGGAUCGCAGACAGCGUGGUGCUCAACGUGCAGUACGAACCCGAGGUGAAGAUCGAAGGGUUUGACGGAAACUGGUACCUGAACCGUCAGGACGUUCAGCUGACCUGCAGGGCCGACGCCAACCCCCCUGUCACCAUCUACCAGUGGAAACUCUUGAACGGCUCCCUGCCCAGUAACGUGGAGAUCAAGAACAACACCCUGUUCUUCAAGGGGCCCGUGACCUACGACCUCGCCGGGACGUACGUCUGCGACGCCACCAACGGCAUCGGCACUCGCACCGGCAUCGUGGACGUCAACAUCACAGAAUUCCCUAACAACCCGACACCUACGGGCCAUGAGAUCCCUCAGGAGCCGCACAAUGCAGGUGCCGCCAUCGGGGGCGCUGUGGGGGGAGUUGUCCUGUUGGGCGUGGCGGCCAUACUGCUCUUCGUAUUCCUGCGCCGCCGCCAGCGCACCUUCAAGGGAGACUACAGCACCAAGAAGCACGUGUUCGGGAACGGGUACAGCAAGGCCGGCGGCCUGCCCGCCCACCCCCCCAUCCCCAAGAACCUGCAGUACCCGGACGACUCCGACGACGAGAAGAAGCCCGCCCAGAUCGGCAGCACCGGGAGGUUCGAGGCGAGCGAGCACGACGCCGAGUCGGAGGACCUGAAGAGGCCCUAUUUCACUGUGGAUGAGGGGGAGAGCCGAGAGUACGACGAGCGGACUCUGGCUUUCCAGUACGACCCAGAACCUGAAAUAGCCGAUGAUAUGAUCUCUCAAACCGACGGCUCUGUCAUUUCUAAGAAAGAGUGGUAUGUGUAGUGGCAUGCAACAACCAAACCAAACAAACCCCCUUCGUCCCCCACCUGCAUUCCACCGCACCCUUCACCUCCAUCACGAACCCCACCCCCACCCCCACCAUGUCAUUCGUCAAACUGCACCGUCAGUCCUCGUAUGGUCAACCCCAGUCCCCCCCUCCUCCCGACUCCCCACACAUCAGACCCCAUCCGACUAAUCUCAAUUAGAAAAAGCAUCUAUUUAAAAAGUGCUAGCGACGUCAGCUUGUCGACAGUGGCAGCAUUGAUACGAGUCACGUCAGGUGAAGGGGGAGUGAAUGCAAACUAAGGUAUGUACAUGGACUCGCUGACCCACGAGGCCAGAGAGGUGGUCGGUUGAUUAAUACUGGUGUAUUCUUCAGUUUUUAUUUUUGUUUUCUUUUUCUUUGUUUGCGUGUUGUAAAUGUAUUAAAUGUAUAAAAAGAGACAGCAGGUAGAGGUGUUGCUGAGCACAUUUGUGAAAGUCCUACACUGGAUGUACGAUUUGUUUUGUUUUUUCCAUUAGCAUUGCCGUUUUCUUAUUUUUAUUUUUUAUAUAUAUAUAUAGAUACAUAAUGUCUUUUUGUAUGAUUUCUAAUUUGUAUGAUUUUUUUUUAUUUUUUUUUUACUGACCCGGGAGAGUUAAAUGUCUGACGUGAUUACAGGUGGAGUUGUGAGUGUUUGUAGUUUUGUGGUCAAAUGUUUCAGAGAAAGAAGAAAAAAAAUAAUAAUAAUAAUAAUGAUGCCAUACACCUGUUUCACAGCAGUGGGGUUAGCGUCCAUGGAAUCACACGUUUCUCUGUAUUUAAAAGCGGAUAUGUUACUGCUGUUUUCCAAAGACAUGCUUAACAUUUCUGGAGCCCCCUCCCCUGCGCUGGGUUUGUUUCGUCCUCGCUUUCGUCCGCUGAGCCACACGGACGCGGCGGCAGCAGAUGAAUAUCCAGCGUUUUGCUAAAUUCCAUUCGCAUUAAAUUAGUGACCUUAUCAGAGUAGUGGAAUAGUGCGAGGAGAGAAGGGCUGCUACUGUAUCAUUUCUACUCUUCAGUGGUGCAAGAGAUGGGGGGGGGGGGGAUCUUUAACGCUCUGAAAUGUCAUGAUUGUCACUUGAACAGGUCGACCUGCGUACGCGAGCUCCACAUCUCACCACUAUAAUGAAAUGUCAGUUGUUUUUUUUUGUUUUUUUUUUAUUUUAUUAUCUUAUUUUGAGCUGUCAUAAUUAUGUUUUGUUCCCUUCCAUCAAACGGAUGCCACUGAAAAUUGUUUGAGGAGUUUUUUCACCCCCGCCCCCCCCUCCUCCUCCCCUCUUGAAUGACGACCAUGUCUCUCCUUGUAAUUGUGAGUCGGCUCCUUGCACCGAGGAGUCAUCCGUGGACACAAAAAGGACACGUGCGGGGAGGAAAAUGUCAAGCGGUGGAACAUUUUAACGCGCAAAAGGGAAUCGAAAAGAGGACGGUGGCAAAUGCUGGAGUGUAAUAUGUCACCUGCUGCUUUUAUAAUGUUUUUUUUUUUGUUUGUUUGUUUGUUUUCUUUCUGAAAUGAAUUUCGAUAGCUUUUGGGUGAUUUUAAAGUAAUGAAUAGUCGUCCUUUCCUCAAUGUUGCCGUCUGGAUCUGCUAACGGGGACGCAAUGACCCCAUCUGCAGACAUUAUAUAUAUGAAUAUAUAUAUAUAUAUAUGUUUUUAAAAUCGCUGUUAACAAGUGCCAGUGGAUGCUAGUAUAGCAAAUGACUUGUCUCUCUCCUCAGCACUGAGGUCCAUCACACAAUCAGCAUCCGCUUCAAUCUCUUUAAAAAAAAAAAAAAAAAAGAAUAAAUAAAUGAAAAAAAGCUCAAAAAUCGGCUAUAAACAGAAGCAUUGGAGAAAACGUGUGGAUGUAAACGACUUAUCUGACUGGCUCUGAACAAUAUAAAUACUGUAUUAAGCCUUAUUUUAUGCAUGUUUUAUGUGUGGGGGUGGAAGUGCAUAUGUUGCUAUUUUUUUUUCUAUUAAUUCCCGUGUGUUUGUCCUCAUUUGCAGCUCAAAAGACGACACUUUGUCAGUGUCGUCAGUAUUGACAGAGGUAUACGGGGCAUACAGUACCCAGCAACAAUACUACACACACACACACACACACACACACAAACACAAAAAAGAACAAUUAAAAAAGUAUAUAAAUAUAUAUAGAGAAAUAAAAAAAAUAACAUCUCUGUGAGAGCAGAUUUUUCUGCCGGCUUCGAGAUGUGAAUGUUUUACAGUCCAUGCUUGUCUACUGUAUGUUUUUAGAUGAGCAUGUUAAUCAUGAGCCUCAAACUAUAUUGUAAUUUCAACACAAAUUAGCAUCACAAAGUGGGAGAAUAUCAUGUUCUUAUUAAAAGUCUGUUGAUCUCAGUUUAGCUCACUUUCUGCUGCCUUAUUUCUGUUCUCGUUCCGUGUAUCCGCUACAAGACGAGUUACACGUGAGGUUCGCCACAGGACGUUUAAGAGAGGAGGGGGAGAAAUGACAGUGGAAGGAUCGCUACCUUCAAUGUGCAAAUUACAGUUUUAUAGUUAAUCGUUUCGCCUGCUGGGGGGAAAGCUUCGCUGUAUUUCACAUAGUUUGCGUCACAGCAUAAAAGACAGUUUUCCUUUCUAUCCUUUGUUCUUGCUUUUAGUGCCUAUCAAAGUUAGGAGACACAAGUUAGUCUCAGCAGUCACUGCGCCAUUAUUUAAGCUACUCAUGCCCAGGAUGACACAAUGAAAAAAAGAAAAGAAAAGAAAGAAAGAAAAGAAACUGCAAACCUUUAAAAUGUCAGACAGAUGCUGCUUUUUAACUCGCAUUGAAUUACGGUCGGCGCUAGCGACGCUUCUCGGUGAUCUUUAAAUCAACUGAUCUCUUAAAAGCCGCAUCCAUCGCCAUUUUAAACUUUAACUGCGCUUAAUGAUGACGACUCUUGUUUAUCACUCGACGCCCGGCAGUUUAGGUCCUGAGCAUUUUUUUUUCCCUGCGGCCCACUUUUUCUAAGCACAAGAAUUGAACCAACCCCCGGGGGAAAGGAUGUUUUACCUCGUGACAUUUAAAAUGAUUUUUUAAAAAAGCACAAAUUCGAAACAUUUUCCUGCGUCCGUCAUUCAAACCACUGCCACACUUUGCUUCUCAGACACGUUGGAAAGGGAGAGAAACACCUUCUUUCUAGUUUCGAGUCCGCGUUCCGUAACCUGGUAGAUGUAAGCAUUGUUUUCAUGUCGUUUGGGGUGUUAUGAGUUUCUAUUUUGUAAUACUGACUGUAACUUCAUUCCAUCCUAAUCUACUUUUUGUAUUCAGUAUGUUCAACAUUCCACUGUAAAUAGUGUACAUAAGGUUGAGAUUAUAGUUGGGAUUUAUUUAGGGACGACCUCGUAGGGACCCUGAUCUGUAAAAUAUACCUAUUUUGACUGCAAACACGGAGACUCGAUGAUGGCUAGAUGAGGUUGACGUAAAGCUUCCUCCCAAAGUCCUACCUAAAACUGCUCCUCUAGUGCAUUUUUAAAUAUGCCGGUUAGUGGCUUCACUGUCAAAAGCGAAAAAAGGAGUUAAUGUUAUUGAGAGAAACUCAAAAGAGAGGAAUUUUCUGUAUGCAGCCAUGUGAAUGUAUAUUUCUGAGGGUGUUACAAAUAUGAAAAAAAAAAAAAAAAUCUCUUGUUCAAUUGUGAUGACCCAGUGAAGUAACUUGUAUUUGUUUUAAGCAUUAAAUGAGUUCAAUAGUCAACGGA